GAUGUCAUCCUGCUGACCGUGAUGGCCUAUGACCGCUAUGUGGCCAUCUGCAAGCCCUUGCACUAUACAACCAUCAUGAAUCGGCGGGUGUGUGGCCUGCUAGUGGGAGUGGUGUGGGCGGGAGGCUUUCUUCAUGCCACCAUACAGAUCCUGUUCAUCUUCCGAUUACCCUUCUGUGGCCCAAACAUCAUAGAUCACUUCAUGUGUGACCUGAUUCCUUUGCUCAAUCUUGCCUGCACUGAUACCCACACUCUGGGGCUCUUCAUUGCUGCCAACAGUGGCUUCAUCUGUCUGUUAAACUUCCUCCUCUUGAUGGGCUCUUAUGUGGUCAUACUGCGCUCUCUACAGAAUCAUAGCUUGGAUGCUAGACGUAAAGCCCUCUCCACCUGUGUCUCCCACAUCACAGCUGUGGUCUUAUUCUUUGUUCCCUGCAUAUUUGUGUACCUGAGACCUACAGCUACUUUAUCAGUUGAUAAAGCAGUUUCUGUUUUCUACACUAUGAUAACCCCUAUGUUAAACCCAUUAAUCUAUACCUUGAGAAAUAUCCAGAUGAAAGUCGCCAUUAAAAAAUUAUGUAGUGGGAAAUCUAUUUCAGCUGACAAAUAA